UCAGUCAGUUCCCCUCUCUGUGGCAAUAGGACCGCAGUCUUGGCGAGAUGAUACGGUGCACUCUAUACGACGAGCGGAACACUUGGUCCGGCAAACCGACGCAGGACGGUCAGGGUCUAUCAGAUGUAUGCGGAGCAGUAGCGCCACCGCGUUUACCCCCAGGCGCACAGACACAAAUGAUGUGGAUGGAGGUGGUGAUGCUUUGUGUAAGAAUAAACUCAGAUCCCAAACCACGGGGACAAUGGGCCCUGAGUACAGUGGGGAUAUACUUUCCAGAGAGAAACUGAACAGGCCUAUAGUAAAAGUUUACCACAGACACCCUGGGACCCAGUUACCUGAGGCUGCUCAUCUCAUACAGGGUAGUUCUGUGUUGAGAUGUUGCCUGCUGUCCUCUAAAGAGGAGCUCUCCAGGCUGCAGGGCACAUGUCUGCAGCUGGUGGACAACCUGCACGGCAAGAGGGCUGCAGAGCAAGUGGACUCUGCUGUGGUCAGGCUGCUGUGGUCAGGCUGCUGCGGUCAGGCUGCGGCGGCAGCUGGUCGACAGACGAGCAAUGCCCACUUUCCUCCAACAGGGGUCGUACUAAACUCAUUAUGUAGUGCAUGACUCAAUUCAUCUAUCUUCAAUGUUUCCUCUCUCCUUGGUUCCUUCUCAAAAAUGCAUUGGAGGAGAAGAUCAGAGGGAAGAAAGAUAUAAGGUUCCUCCCCUCUGAUCUUCUCCUUCAAUGCAUUUUGAGAAGAAGAUGAGGAGAGGAAUCAAGGAAAGAGAAGAGCCCGUCUAUAGUUGUAUACAAACGGCAUGUGUGUGUUUUAUCCUGGAUAUGAAGUGAAAGCGGGACCAAUGUGCUGAUGAUUAGGAAGGUAUGUUUAACCUAGUCAUGUGUGGCAUCCCAACUCUCAAUUAACCACAUUUCUGCAUUACACCAUUAACGUGUACUUGAAAUAAACAUAAACAGUAUUUCUCUGCAAACUCAGCCCCAUUGCUUAUUGUUUGGCAGUCCCUUAGAUCAGAAAUGUGCAUGGGUUUCAUUGGCCUGUACUUGAUCUCCUUGUCAUACUGCCAUUUUGUACAGCUUGGCAUCUAUAAUGCGAAUUGAAUAUGUUCAGCAUAGACUGCAUUAGAAUCACGAACAGUGUACUGUUUAUGUUCAUCUUCACCUGUGAAUAAAUGUAUACUGUUAUAAAGUCCAGUCUCCAUCGCCCCCUCCUCUUCAGUCCGAGUCAUAAGA